AUGCAAACAAAAAGAAGUUUCAGAAUCUUAACGGAAGGUCAUGUUCAUCACAAAGCAAACAUCUCUGACCGUGGUGUGGGAAUACAAGAUGCUCGUAAAAUCAUCACGGAAGCUGAGAAGUUGUUAAAGGAUGUUAUCAAACGUGUAAAAACUGAAUUUGGCCAAAACAUCAGUCGAAUAGGGAUAGCCGGACAGCAACAUGGUUUGGUCCUAUGGAAUGCAGAUGCACUACGACGCGGUGUUCUGGACUGUUCCGAGUUGUAUAACUGGAUGUACCCUGGUGAUCCUUCCGCGCCUGUUAAGCUACCCAAAUCCACAAGUAAUCGUGUUUUCCCCGGAUAUGGUAUGCGAACGCUUUGCGAACUCGCUUCCUACUCCACAUUUGAUCCCGAAAAACAUUGGGAUCGUUGUGGGAACAUUAUGGAUUACUUCGCCUGUUACAUUACUGGAAGCGAUGAAGUGUUGAUGAGCCAACACAAUUCCUAUGCAUGGGGCUAUUCAACUGGUUUUGAAUGGAACGCUGAAAUAAUACCAUUCACACCAAAAUGGAUCAAGCUUCCAAAAAUUGUGCGCACUGAUGCGGGUAGCUUUGUAAAACUGGGAGAUUGUCGUUUGGAGGAUUGCCAAAACAUUCCAGUUAGUGUGGCAUAUGCAGAUCUUACUGCAUGUAUCAUGUCUGUUCGAGGCCAUUAUACUGGGGCCGAUCAUGCUUGUGAGCUAAUUGUCAUUAUUUUUCCUUGA